UUGAAGCAGAAACCAAAAACAAACUAACUAUUCAUUCAUUAUUCCAUCCAAUUUCCACUCAUGACGAGUGUAGUAGGUGUGUUUACAAAUGCAAAUCUUUUGCGAUAUCACCAUAACAGUAACAGGAAAUCCGUGGUGGCACGAAACUCAAAGUCCAACAACCUCAAUCUGAAGCAAAACGGAGAAGAAGCUGAUGUAGUUGUUAUUGGUAGUGGUUUAGGUGGACUAUGUUGUGCAGCAUUGUUGGCAAGAUACGAGCAAAACGUGCUAGUUCUUGAAAGCCACGACCUGCCUGGUGGUGCUGCUCAUUCUUUUGAUAUCAAAGGAUACAAGUUUGAUUCUGGUCCCUCUUUGUUCUCUGGGUUGCAGUCAAGGGGUCCUCAGGCUAAUCCUCUUGCACAGGUUCUGGAUGCGUUGGGUGAGUCACUCCCAUGCGCUACUUAUGAUUCAUGGAAGGUUUAUCUACCUGAAGGUGAAUUCUUGUCGCGCAUAGGGCCUACCGAAUUUUCCAAGGACCUUGAAAAGUAUGGGGGUCCAAAUGCAGUCCAAGAAUGGCGGAAACUCUUAGAUGCUGUGCUUCCAUUGUCUACAGCUGCAAUGGCUCUUCCCCCUCUAUCUAUUCGAGGAGAUUUGGGUGUUCUUUACACUGCUGCAGCUAGAUAUGCCCCUUCUCUUUUUAAGUCCUUUGUUCAAAUGGGGCCUCAGGGUGCUCUUGGGGCUACAAAACUUCUCAGACCUUUCAAGGAAAUACUUGACGGUUUGGAACUCAAAGACCCUUUUUUACGAAAUUGGAUCGACCUGCUCUCAUUCUUGCUUGCCGGGGUCAAAACUGAUGGUAUACUCGCUGCAGAGAUGAUUUACAUGUUUGCUGAAUGGUACAAACCUGGAUGCUGUCUUGAGUACCCUCUUGAUGGAACUGCAGCUAUAGUUGAUGCUCUAGUACGAGGAUUGGAGAAGUUUGGCGGACGGGUUUCGCUUCAAAGUCACGCUGAGAAGAUCGUUGUUGAAAAUGACAGAGCCAUUGGAGUCAAGCUGAGAUCUGGUCAGUUCAUUCGUGCUAAAAAGGCUGUUGUCAGCAAUGCAUCAACAUGGGACACUUUAAAAUUGCUACCUAAUGAAGCUGUUCCCAAGUCUUACUCAGAUAGGAUUAACACAACUCCUCAGUGUGAAUCAUUCAUGCAUCUCCAUUUGGGAUUCGAUGCCGAGGAUAUUCCCAGUGAUUUAGGAAUUCAUCACAUAGUUGUAAAUGACUGGAAAAGAGGAGUUGAUGCCGACCAGAAUGUUGUGUUGAUAUCUGUACCUAGUGUACUCAGUCCUAAUUUAGCACCUCCCGGGAAGCAUGUGUUACAUGCUUAUCUGCCAGGAACUGAACCAUAUGAGUUGUGGGAAGGACUUGAUCGUAAGAGUGCUGAAUACAGAAAUCUCAAAGCGGAAAGAUCAGAGGUAUUGUGGAGAGCUGUGGAGAAAGCACUAGGACCGGGUUUCAACAGGGAGAAAUGUGAGGUGAAGUUAGUUGGAAGUCCACUCACACAUCAAAGGUUUCUUCGGAGGAACAGAGGAACAUAUGGACCUGCUGUCCAAGCUGGUAAAGAAACAUUUCCUGGACAUUCAACUCCCAUCCCUCAGCUGUAUUGUUGUGGAGAUUCCACCUUUCCUGGCAUUGGAGUCCCAGCAGUUGCUGCCAGUGGAGCAAUUGUUGCCAAUUCAUUAGUUUCGGUUUCUCAACAUUCUCAGCUGCUUGAAGCAAUUGGAAUAUGAAACCAACAAAAACAUGAAGAAAGUUUUGAUAAGGACAAGACAUUCAUUCAGAAAGAAGGAAGAGAAGAAGUUAAAGUAUCUGUAUAUGUUUUAUAUUCUAGAUUCAUGUAUGUUUAUUCACACUAGAAACCUAAUUAGCUUGUUCUCAUAAAAUUAUUUAAAUGAAUUUAACAAAUUUAAUAUAA